ACCCACCUCCGGGCGGGGACCGGAAGUGCAGCCGCUUCCGCCGGGCGCCGCGGAGCUGAGGGACGCGCGGAGAUGACGCAGGCAGCACCGGAAGCCGCUCCCCAGUGAGGCUGUGGACCAGGAGCGGCGGCCGCAGGUCCAGGCGCCAUGGCUGCGGAGCGGACCCGGCCGCUGCGAGGCUCUGGCGGCCCGAGCGUGCCUAGUAGCUGUGAACCCGGCGCGAGGUCCCGGGCCCCGGGGCGCUCGCUCAGGUAAAAUUUUCCAUAACCUUAUGGAGAGAAAGGACUUUGAGACAUGGCUUGAUAACAUUUCUGUUACAUUUCUUUCUCUGACGGACUUGCAGAAAAAUGAAACUCUGGAUCACCUGAUUAGUCUGAGUGGGGCAGUCCAGCUCAGGCAUCUCUCCAAUAACCUAGAGACUCUCCUCAAGCGGGACUUCCUCAAACUCCUUCCCCUGGAGCUCAGUUUUUAUUUGUUAAAAUGGCUCGAUCCUCAGACUUUACUCACAUGCUGCCUCGUCUCUAAACAGUGGAAUAAGGUGAUAAGUGCCUGUACAGAGGUGUGGCAGACUGCAUGUAAAAAUUUGGGCUGGCAGAUAGAUGAUUCUGUUCAGGACGCUUUGCACUGGAAGAAGGUUUAUUUGAAGGCUAUUUUGAGAAUGAAGCAACUGGAGGACCAUGAAGCCUUUGAGACCUCAUCAUUAAUUGGACACAGUGCCAGAGUGUAUGCACUUUACUACAAAGAUGGACUUCUCUGUACAGGGUCAGAUGACUUGUCUGCAAAGCUGUGGGAUGUGAGCACAGGGCAGUGCGUUUAUGGCAUCCAGACCCACACUUGUGCAGCGGUGAAGUUUGAUGAACAGAAGCUUGUGACAGGCUCCUUUGACAACACUGUGGCUUGCUGGGAAUGGAGUUCCGGAGCCAGGACCCAGCACUUUCGGGGGCACACGGGGGCGGUAUUUAGCGUGGACUACAAUGAUGAACUGGAUAUCUUGGUGAGCGGCUCUGCAGACUUCACUGUGAAAGUAUGGGCUUUAUCUGCUGGGACAUGCCUGAACACACUCACCGGGCACACGGAAUGGGUCACCAAGGUAGUUUUGCAGAAGUGCAAAGUCAAGUCUCUCUUGCACAGUCCUGGAGACUACAUCCUCUUAAGUGCAGACAAAUAUGAGAUUAAGAUUUGGCCAAUUGGGAGAGAAAUCAACUGCAAGUGCUUAAAGACAUUGUCUGUCUCUGAGGAUAGAAGCAUCUGCCUGCAGCCAAGACUGCAUUUUGAUGGGAAAUACAUUGUCUGCAGUUCAGCACUUGGUCUCUACCAGUGGGACUUUGCUAGUUAUGAUAUUCUCAGGGUCAUCAAGACACCUGAGAUAGCAAACUUGGCCUUGCUUGGCUUUGGAGAUAUCUUUGCCCUGCUAUUUGACAACCGCUACCUGUACAUCAUGGACUUGCGGACAGAGAGCCUGAUUAGUCGCUGGCCUCUGCCAGAGUACAGGAAGUCAAAGAGAGGCUCAAGCUUCUUGGCAGGCGAAGCAUCCUGGCUGAAUGGACUGGAUGGGCACAAUGACACGGGCUUGGUCUUUGCCACCAGCAUGCCUGACCACAGUAUUCACCUGGUGUUGUGGAAGGAGCACGGCUGACACCAUGAGCCACCACCGCUGACUGACUUUGGGUGCCGGGGCUGCGGGUUUUGGGUGCAACCUCUUUGGCAGCCGACUGCAUGAACCAAAGUUCUCACCUAAUGGUAUCAUCACGCAGUGCACAAUCAUUUAUCUAUGUUUGCCAGGGGCCAGGGCUCGGGGUGGGGGAGGGCUUGUUUUAUUGACAUACAACGCAGCAUGCUUAAUGGGGUACACCAUUGACUUCAUUUGUACUUAGUUAAGUUGGUCAGUGUAAGAGGAUGCAUUUUGGGUUCAUCUUUCUUGAGUGGAGUAUUGGUUUUAAGUAAAGAAAGUUAAAUGAUCCAUUAAUCUGCUAAUUGGUUGCCUAUGAAAUCACAUUGUGUGUUAUUAAAGCUUUUUACCAUAGCCUUUUUUUCUUUUGAAGUUGAAGCAAAGGUGCUAUGAUGUUGUUACAGCAACUUUUCUUACACGGGGUUUAGCUUUUAUAAGAGCCACUAUUAAAACUUCCACCAAAUACCAGUUCUAAAGAAAGUCUGUCUUCCAGUGCAAAUCUGAUUCUGUAAAUUGAUUGUUAGCAACUCAUUCUAAACCUUAUGUCUUGGCAGAGUCAAGGUUGGCCAUGUUUAAGAUGUGAGCAAGUUCUGUAAUUAUUGUUUUCAUGUUGGGGAAGCUAGUCCCUGACAGCCUGGAUGACUGCACAGCCGUGCCCUGGUAUAGUAGAAAAGAGCAGUGAGCUGGAAGGUUAGAGACCGGGCCUGUUACCCAGGAACUCUGCAGCCUCUCUGGGUCCCAGCUUCCUUGUCUGCACAGCCAAGUAUUAAGCUCAGUGAUUUCUAAGAUUCUUUCUGGUCCUUCACCUACUGAAAUGUGUAAAAGUUGGUAAUGCAUUUUUGUCUGAUCCCUGAUUCAUGAUUUCUUUCCGGCAGGAUAAUAUUUAAAUGAAAUGACUGAUAAAAAGUUUUCUGUAAGAACAUCAAUUAUAUGAAAAGGACGAAUAGAAGGGAAAUGUAGAAAAUAUAACUGAUUCCACUUAGACAGUUUAAGUAAUUGGUUGAAGAAAUGCUGAUAGAAGCCAUGGUUUAAAUAGGGACACAGUAUGCUAUAUUAGAAGGAUACCUGAACCCAAUUUAACUUCCUUCUUUGCCUCUAACUUAAUCUGCAGCUUCAGGCAGAUUAACUUUCUCUUCUAAUACCAUCAUUUUCUUCAUUUUUUAAAUGAGGGAAUUGUCCUAGAUUAGGGCUCACACACCCAAAUGCCUAAGGGAGCCAUGCCGGUAACAUAAAUGAGUAAAACGUUCUGGGGAGGAUUGUGCUGUCCCCUGGAAAGUUGAUAUAAUAGGGCAGUUAUUCAGCUCUGUUUUAUCAUUAGGAGAAAGAAGCCCAGUGUUGGCAGGUCUUCAGAUUGUUUCAGGAGGAGCUAGAAAUCCAGAUUUUUAUUUGAAAUCCUGGAUUUUUAAAACGUUACAACUGAUUAAAGAAAAUUUAAAAUAAGGUGAGCCAAACAAAACAUGUCCCUGGGCUGCCAGUUUGUGUUGUCCUCCCUCUCUAAAGGUAGGUAAUUUUGUGGUUCAGCAGUGGUAAUGUUUGUUAGUGGCCACAAUCAGGGAGAGAGUAGAGGGAGCAAGCAGUAGAAAAAUCUCAGCCACUCUUCAGCUGUCUUCCCUUGUAUUACAAGGGUGGUGGGGAGGGACAUAUUUCAUUCACAGACCAACAGGAAGGUAGUUUGAAGAUGAACAUAAGAAUUGGAACCUCAGUGAUAGCUUAUGUCUGGGAACAUGAGCUUCUUGCUGACUCCAGUAUAAAGCAUAUCCAUCUUACAGGUGAGAAAAAGUGUUGCUAGCAGAGCUGAGAAUGAUGUAAACUCUAGGGUGGGGACCUGUCUCUUCCAGAAUCUGCAUUAGUAUAGAGCCAGACUGUGGACCUCUGAGUGCUGUGAAGUUGAUAGAAAUUAAUGGUGGAUUUCAAGGACAGGUAUCAUUAAUAUCCAUGUUGAAACUCUGUGGGGUUUAAGCAAAGGGACAAUAUCUUCCCCCAUCCCACAAAAUCUGGGUUUAAUCCAUCUCACAUCUGUGCAUGAGCUCUGCUUAGUACUCCUAGAAAUAGAACCAGAAUCGCAACUGAAUCUGUUUUGCAGAAGCCCCAGGAGACUUUGGGCAAUGAUGAGGGUAAAUGACUUUUUACUUUAUUAUUUCUUAUUUUGAAAUGGAGUUUCGCUCUUAUUGCCCAGGCUGGAGUGCAAUGGCACGAUCUUGGCUCACUGCAACCUCCGCCUCCCGGGUUCAAGUGAUUCUCUUGCCUCAGCCUCCCAAGUAGCUGGGAUUACAAGCGUCCACCACCACACCCAGCUAAUUUUUAUAUUUUUAUUAGAGACAAGGUUUUACCAUGUUGGCCAGACGGGUCUCGAACUCCUGACAUAAGGUCAUCCACCCGCCUUGGCCUCCCAAAGUGCUGCGAUUACAGCCGUGAGCCACCGCGCCUGGCUGAGUUUUUACUUUUUAUCAAGCCUGAACAGGUAACUGUUACUGAUCUAAUGCCCAUCCCCACCCCACCUCACUCUCAGAUCUAUCCAAUAGCUUCAAAGAGCAAGUAAUUAAAAUUAUUUGUGGGAAAAGUUUUAUUAAAGUGACAAACUUGAAGCUGUAUAUAGUGUGUUCUAUUUCAGUUUUUAGUGGUGAAUAUAGAAGUCAUCAAGGUGGUACUUGGUGCCGCUGGAAUUUUUUUUUUUUCCUAGGCAGUGUUGCUCUGUUAUACAGUAGGGUGGAGUGCAGUAGCAUCAUCAUGCAGCUGGAUUUUGACAGCAGAACUUUGGGCAGUAAUUGGAGUCCUAAUGUCUAUUCUUCCUUAUGGAGGCCUUUAUUUGGCCUGAGAUUUUAUUUAACUGCUUUAUAGAUGCUGGAUAUAUUCGUACUGUCGCCAGUUAUAAAAAUGGAAAACUAGCUCAUCCUUUUUGCAAAAGAAAGCCAAGUGGGGAGUCAGAGUGAGAAGUGGGUAGGGGAUAACUAAAACUAUUAUUUACUCUCCUUUUAUUGCCUUUGAGAACUAGCUCAUGCACACACGGACUUUGGCUUCCUUAGUGCAUAGGGAAGGGAAUUGCCUUUCCCUCUUUUGUGAAUAUUCUCAUUUCCGAAAAAUUCUAAGUCAUGAGAAGAUAAGCCCCAUCCUUUCUUACAAGGAUUGGAUUUCUUGGGUGGCACUGUGGUGUGGUGGAAGCAAGGGGCUUCUCUCAGGUUCAUAAAGGCCAUCAUAACAACUUCGGGCUUCAUGGUGUGGACAGGGAUCCAGGAGAGCUGAGUGGAUGUGUGACGUUUCUAGUACAUUCUGUCAUCAUUCCAAAGGAAUGUAGUUUCCUCCAGCUCCAUUAUUUGAAGUAAAACACAUUGCCAAAUCUGACUCUAACCUGACAUUUUACACCUAUUGGAGAAAUAGGAAGAAAGCCCCUCCAGUGGAAGGACUGGACUUGGAAGAAGUUCUGCAGGAAGGUGCAUGCAAUUGGAUAGCUGUUCGUGAGUAAAACGUGGGCAACAUUGCUAUUGAAUUGUAAGGUUUGCACUUCAUUUUUCGUAGUUUAAAAAUUGCUGUGUUCUGGCUGUUGAAAACACUUGGUGAGGUUUGAAUGAGGAUUAUAUAAUCGUUCUAGUAUUCAUAGAAAAAUGAUUAUGGCUCUCCAUUUGUAAAACAAAAGAAAUACUUUCGGAAACAGUAUUUUAGACCUGAAGAAAUUGUUUGUAUUAGGUUAGGCAUUUUGAUCUAACAGAAUCAGCUAAGGAUAGUGGAUCCUGGCUUUACGCAUUUCUCUGACCAAACCCAGCUGGCAACUUGAAGUUGUUAUGGUGUGGCUUCCAGGUUGCCUAGAGGUGAAUCCUACCGACAUCACUUUUUUGUUUGUUUGUUUUUUGAGACAGAGUCUUGCUCUGUCCACAGGCUGGAGUUCAGUGGCACGAUCUCAGUUCACUGCAACCUUAGCCUCCUGGGUUCAAGCGAUUCUCCUGCCUCAGCCUCCCAAGUAGCUGAGACUAGAGGCGCAUGCCACCACACCCAGCUAAUUUUUGUGUUUUUAGUAGAGACGAGGUUUCACUACAUUGGCCAGGAUGGUCUCGAUGUCUUGACCUCGUGAUCCGCCCACCUUGGCCUCCCAAAGUUCUGGGAUUACAGGCAUGAGCCACUGCACCCAGCCCCAACAUCACUUUUAUAGCUUUCUGUGCCUCCUUCUGUGGGCCUUGGUGUAUGAAGCCACUUGCCUUUCUCUGUAGGGAAGUGGGCAGAAUCAGAUUACUACUCAUGAUGCAGUCUGGUCAGGGCAUACUGUCACCUUUGCCUGUGGACACAGUUGUCAGGAUAGGGGAGAAGCCCUUUAGGUCUGUCUUCUUGACACAGCCCUCCUACGUGGUUAUGCUGGUGCUUUUGCUUGGUUUAAGACAACCAAGACCCUUGAGAAUUACGCUGUCCUCAGAUGGAGUGUCUGAUGAAAAGAACAGAUUCACUUUUUUGACAAAAUGCCCAUUAGCCAUCUUUGGCAGUGUCGCUAAUCAAAGGUUCCCCAUGCCUGCUCUAGGAAAGUAAACUUUUUUCGGAAUAAAUCCUCAGAUGGAUUACUGAGUAGUCUUUGCACCACUCCCAUCAGCCUCAUCAGACUGAAUGGUCACGCUCAGUGCAAAAAGUUGUUUUGCUGUCAGGAUGUUUCAGUGUUUCUGGUCUUCCCUGGAACAGUUCAGUUGUUUAGUAAUUCAAUCCUGACCAGUGUAAACCCACUUAAUUACUGCAGCCUAAAGAAUUCAGCUACUUCUAUUCUUCAUAAAUGUGCCCAACCAAGUAAAGAUGUGUUUUUAAUAUUCAACCCUGGAAAAUUACUAAUUCAGAUGAUAAAAGCUCAUUAUGUUUUGGCGUCUUUGUACUCAGAUGGUGAGCAGGCAUAUUUCACUGAUUUGGACUUAGUGUACUUGAUGAGAAUGCUCAGAUUGAAGAGAGAGUUCUGUCACCAAUCCAACAUCUAUAGCAAUGCGGAAAAAGUAGUCAACUCAUAUUUCACUAAUUUGAUGUAUGUUGUGAUUUAGAGGGCGUGAGAUAAAGUUUAUAUUUGAACUGUGUGGGGUAGGCAGAAGAAGGGAUUGCUUAAGCAAAUAGUGGAGUGAUUGUGGAACAAGAUGUCUCUAAGAUGAGAAGUUAUUUUCUUGCAUCAUCGAAGCACUCUUUUUACCCAUAAGUGAUUGUGCUAACUAUAAAUCAUUUAUAUCUGUACGUUAAAGGAGAUUCUCUCAAGUAGGCAAAUUUGGUUAGCCAAGUCCAAAUUAUUGUUUGUACUUGAAAGUAAUAAAGCUGCAUCUCCUUAAAAAUA